ACCUUCUCAUCAAGUACACAAAGCAAGUGUGCGUGCGCCACUACAACUGAACAAGAAACGUGGAAGGUGAGAUCGAGGGAGGCAGGAGAGGUACGUCCAUCGCGAGCGGCAAGAUGACUGGCAAACGAUAUGAUGUGAAUGGAGAUCAUGAUGAAGACUCUGUUGGUGUUACGGACGUGCCUUUCUGGUGCUCUUGUCGCCUUGGUCUUGCUGCCAUUGGUUGCAUGGGUUUCUUCAUUUUGUACGCCCUCCGUAUCAAUAUAAGCGUGGCUCUUGUCUGUAUGGUCAAUCACACAGCUACAGAGAUACUAAACAAGCAAUCCUCAGUCAAUGGGAACCUUUCAGACACCGUAUGGUACAACACAAGUUAUGGAGAGAAUAAUACAAGUUUUAUAGUCAAGGGAAUGAUAAAUGAGACUACUACCCAGCCAGACCCAACUGGAGUUGUGUGCCCUGGAGCUGGUGAUGGGGAAUCAGAUGGUGUGAAUGGUGAAUUCAUAUGGAGUAAGGACAUCCAAGGGCAUAUUUUAGGCUCUUUCUUCUAUGGCUACCUGGCAACCCAGAUCCCUGGGGGUUGGUUGGCAGAGAGAUUCGGUGGAAAAUGGGUCUUUGGAAUCUCCAUGCUUAUAGCCUCCAUUGCUACCAUCUUCUGCCCAAUAGCAGCCAGAGUUCACUGGGGAUUUCUAAUCUUUAUGAGAAUAUUAGUUGGUCUGGGCUCAGGUGUUGCUUUCCCUGUGAUGCAUACUAUAUGGGCCAACUGGGCUCCACCAAUGGAGAGAUCCAAACUGACUGGACUCACUUAUGCAGGUACCCAACUGGGUAAUAUCCUCACACUACCUCUAGGAGGGUUUUUGUGCCAGUAUGGCUUUGAUGGAGGAUGGGCGUCCAUCUUCUAUAUUCUAGGUUUGCUUGGGGUUAUCUGGUGUAUAUUAUGGUUGAUACUGGUCAGCAAUUCCCCUGCUGACCAUCCCCGCAUCUCAGCUAUUGAGAGGGACUUUAUUCUACAGAGUUUGAAGGGACAGAUGGAUCAUAAGGACAAAAAGCACACACAUAUCCCAUGGAAGGCUUUCCUAACCUCCAUGCCUUUAUGGGCCAUUGUGGUGGGAAAUGUCACCUCAGACUGGGGACUUUACACCUUCCUGACCAACAUGCCUACCUACUUUAAGGAAGUUCUCAAGUUUGAUAUCAAAUCUAAUGGCCUCAUAUCUGCCAUUCCCUACAUUGGUUUCUGGCUUGUGAUCAACCUUGCUGGGUUAGGAGCAGAUUUAUUCAGAAAGAAAGGGUGGCUCAGCACUACCAAUGCGAGAAAAUUGAUGGAAACCAUAGGUCAACUUAUUCCUGCAAUUCUAUUGGUUGGCCUGAGCUUUGUGGACUGUACCCAGCCGGCUUUGGCUGUGACCUUGUUGACCUUAGGUGUAGCUAUAAGCGGAGCAGUAUACAGUGGCUACACCAUCAACCAUGUGGAUAUUGCUCCCAAGUAUGCUGGUAUGCUGUUUGGAAUCACCAACACCAUUGCCUCAGUCACUGGGUUUAUUGUACCUGUGCUCAUCGGAAGUAUAACGUCAAAUUCAACCAGAGAGGAAUGGCAGGUUGUUUUCUUCAUAGCUGCUGCUGUGUAUCUGUUUGGUGUGAUCUUCUAUGGAAUAUUUGCAUCUGGAGAUGUACAGCCAUGGGCAGUGGGGGAGGAAGAGGAAGAAGAGGAGGAGGGACAGGAAAUGGAGAAACUGAAUAAAGGAGACCCAGAUGUUGUAACGUCACCACCCACUGAGAAAGAUGACCUGAAAGUUUGAAAAUGGCCACUGUUCCAUCUACAGCAUUCAGAACAGAUGAUCUGCAGACUAACUGAUCUGCCACUAAAUAUGGCCGACCGAACUUAAAAGCAGUGCUGCUUAGUCCUCAGUGCUCUCCCCACCUCCACAUGUGCCAAUAAACGGAUUAAAUCCCAGCUCCCAGGUUUAAUUGCAAGGCCACUGCAGCGACAGUGCAUGUGGAGGCAAAGAGGCCAUCAUGGAAUUAGUUGGCGCUGCUUUUAAGUGAGUCAGCCAUAUUUAGUCCGCAGAUCUGUUAGUCUGUGGAUCAACUUGUUCUAUAUGCCCUCUGUAGAUCCUGGGUUCUGUUUCAGGAAAAGUCUCAAGACUUCAAUUUCUAACCUUGAAUAGCUGACUGUGUUAAGUAGGUUAGGCAAAGGCAGUCCUAGAAGCACAUUUGAAAAUGGCUGUGUAAGCAUUUAACAGAUGAUUUUCAGAGAGUUAGAGGCUAUAGAUUUUUAGAAAUAUCAUUUUGAAGAUAAGAUAUAGUCAUACAACAGAGUCUCAUCCAUUGUAGAUUUUAUAUUUACUGAUUUGGAACAAGAUUAACAGACAUGCAUAUUCACUUUAAAUACUUUCUCUUUAUGGGGGCUCCUUCAGAAAAAUUUACAAAAGCUACAUUUAGCCUUCACUGCUAAAAACACAGUCUUAUAGUUACUGUAAUUUGUCACAUAAUACAAAAAUCAUAGCAUUAUGUUUCUUGCAAACGACCCAAGUUACACAGCUUCAGCCUGUGCUAAUCUAAGACUGCUUCAUCAGCCUUUGAGUAAAUACAUUCAAGGUUAUUGAAACCUAGUUAUAAGGUUUUUAAAAAUGAAACAGUGAACUGAAUUUUGUUUAAAUGAUUUUGACUUCAGAUUCUUUAUGAAACAGGGCCCUGGUCUGAAGAGAACAUACCUUUGUUGGAAAUACCAUUCUGUAAAGGUAUUUUAUUGAUAAACCUUCUUGAGAACAGUCAUCAAAUCUGUAUGGUGUAUUAUACACUUCCCUAAUGUUGUUGUACUUUUGAGUAACUCUGUGGUGCUGUCUGGGUCUUCAGAUAAUCCCCUAAAAUAAAGAAAUAAGUUGAAUUCACAACUAAAGUUGCCAUUCUUACCUAAGUACCAUACUGAUAGAUGUUUCAAUGUUUUAGUUAAAAACAUGUUAUUUUAUUAAAGUUAUACACAAGGUUUGCAGGUUUGGUCUAUCAGGCCAAGGUAACAAAAAACAAAAGGAGCUAUUAGUCAUAGCAAAGUUGCUUGAGGGAGCUUUUAAUGCAGUUAAACAAUAGUAUUUUUGCCUGUUACCUUACAGCAUGUAUGAACAAAAUCUUAUCAACAAUGUUGUUGUUGAUGUUAGUAUUUAUUAUAUUUAUAAAUUAAAUUAUUUUAAGUAUAAUGUAAGUCAUUUUUACCAGUUUUUAUGAUCCCACCCAAAAGGGACUGAUAUAAAUAGCCCAUAUAAGAUCAGGUCAAUAGAUUGGACUUAAUUCAUACCUCAAGUUUUUACAGUCUCACAGUGGUGCUGUAUUGGUAACACAAUAUAGCAUGAAGAAAGGUGAAAUGAUUUGGCCAGUUGAAUCAUAUACCUCAUUCCACAUAGCUGGUUUAAGAUGGUUAUCACAGUCAUUCCUCACAUGUAUCAAACAACCCCCUAAUUUUAGUAUUUUAUUUCUUCAAUAUUUUUAAUUAUUAGCAAUACUUGAAAAUACAUUAACCUUACUGCAUGACUGGGACUGAUAUAAAUAGCCCAUAUAAGAUCAGGUCAAUAGAUUGGACUUAAUUCAUACCUCAAGUUUUUACAGUCUCACAGUGGUGCUGUAUUGGUAACACAAUUAGCAUGAAGAAAGGUGAAAUGAUUUGGCCAGUUGAAUCAUAUACCUCACUCCACAUAGCUGGUUUAAGAUGGUUAUCACAGUCAUACCUCACAUGUGUCAAGCAACCCCCUAAUUUUAGUAUUUUAUUUCUUCAAUAUUUUUAAUUAUUAGCAAUACUUGAAAAUACAUCAACCUUACUGCAUGGUUUUGAAAAACACCAAUAUCUUUUUAGUUAUAGUUAUGCAGAUGUUGCUUUUGAAAAUAUUAUGAAUCAGUUUGAAUUUACCAAGUGAUUAUGCGGACAAGGGUUAAGCCAUUGGCUUAUUAGUCUAAUGCUUGAAUUGAAUUUUUCAAAUUAUUGCUAUGCGGACAAGGGUUAAGCCAUUGGCUUAUUAGUCUAAUGCUUGAAUUGAAUUUUUCAAAUUAUUGCUUAAGUUGCAAGGGGGUGACAUUUAUAUCUAAAAUAGACCUUUUAUUUAUUUAUUUUGAUUUUUAUUAUUUUUUUUUCCGGAAAGAACCCAUCUUUAAAGUCAUUUAUCUUCAGUUGUGAUGACAUUAAAUCCUGGAUCUGUUCCCUGUACAGCAGUAAUCUCAUACCAGUAUUGUUCUGAUCAGAUUGUGUACCAACAAAUGCAUUUCAACAUACCUCAUAGAAAUAGCAUUUCUAUUUCAUAGAAAUACAGGGAUUUUAUAUAUUUACAAAUGUUUCUGUACUUUACAAUUACAAGUGAUGUUAUACAAGGCUGCCUUCACACCCAUUUACAUAUACAUUUUAGAAUUGCUGUUAUAAGAUCAGUAUACCUCUCAAUUGUUAAUUUAUGACAUGUUCACGUCUUGCUUAUAUGUAUAAGCUUGGACCUAUUUUACAUGAGCCCAAGGUGCAACACAUGUAAGUUAUCAGGGAGAUGUUAUAGAGAUAUAAAAAUAUUUUAGUUCCUGUGCUCAACAGCUGAAAUAACUUAUUGUUUUCCAGUAUUUUGGUGUCUGUCAAGUGGCCUCCAGAAAAUGACACUACAAGUUUUGACAGACAGAAAUAUUUGAGCACAGUGACUUUGAUUCAAGUUGUUGUUUAAGAAAAGUACAGGGACAACAGUUACUGUAGAUGAUUGUUUAACACAGCUUAUGAAAUCUUUCUUAGCAUAUCUUGGAGUGUGCUCACGUUUGAUUAUAUGUGUUUUCUCACCAAGUGUGAUCACUUUAAGAUAUUUUGUUGGUGUAACUGUAGUUGUUUGUUUAGAAUAUAUUAAAAAUUGAAUUGUUAUAUUAAGGUUAUUUAAGUGGUCAUGAUGUUGAGUCAGAUACUAUUUUUCAUUUAUAGUUUUCUUCACUGAAGUUGGUUAUCCUUGGAAACUGUUUUGACCUCGCAUCUUAUGCACUAGUCCAGUUGUAUCAUUAGCUUAUUAAGUGUUUGUGGGCUUUAUUUUGGAUGUUAAAUACUUGUUGUGUGUCUCAUGUACUAAAUAAUUAAAGACUUAUCAUUUAACCUGUUAUUUAUUUACCAUCAAAGAACAAAAGGUGUGGUUUCCUGUCUCAUUUACCAGUAUUUUUUUCCCCUUUUUAAGUGAGAUGUUGGCUUCUCAGUAGUUUGUGUAUUGCAUUGAGGAAAUGGAUUUAAAGGAAAUAGGAAGAGGACAGGGUUGGUCAGUGCAAUGAAAACCUAGAUCUAUUUAGGUGAUUUAAACUCGAGCAUCAAUUUAAAAAAAUGUGAUUCCAGACUGAACUCCAUACACUCAAUUAUAUAAAUAUUUAUAAGUUGUAGGUAAUAACUCUGGAAUCACAUUUUUUUUAAUUAAUGUGUGGGUUUAAAUAACUAUCUGCUUUGUUUUGUUUUGUUUUGCUUUGAAAAUAUGAAAAUAUAUUUACAUUAUAUUGACAGCUUUUUAGUGCCGAGACGUGACUUUGCAGGAUAUUUAUUUGUGUUUUUGUUUUUAAUUUGACACAUUGUAUUGUUUAAAAAAAUAGAUCUCAUGGAAU